GGACUGAUAUCAGCAGUGAAAGCGGUGAUGCCUGAUGUGCAUCACCGUUUCUGCGUCUGGCAUUUAUGGAAAAAUUUCAACAAGAACUGGAAGGACUUACAGCUAAGGGGACUUCUGUGGGAAUGUGCAAGGGCAACAACAUACCAAGAAUUCAGGGAUGGAAUGGAGAAGAUCAAAAGGUUAAACGAGGAUGCCUGGGCAUACUUAGAGAAGUGGCCUAUGGAUGCUUGGACCAGAAGCUUAUUCAGCCACAAGCCGAAAUUGGAUAACAUCUGUAACAACGCCUGCGAAGUGUUCAAUGCUAAGAUCAAGGAUGCACGAGCCAAACCCAUCAUAACAUUGCUGGAGGAGGUAAGGAUGUUUGUUAUGCGAACCAUAGCGAAAAACAAGGUGAAGCUGCAGAAUCACACUGGGAAGCUCACACCUGUUAUAAAGAGCAGGCUGGAAAAGGUGAGGAAAGAAUCCAAGCAUUGGAAGCCUAUUUGGACUGGGGAUAACGGAUACGAAAAAUUUGAGGUGCACGGACAUCCAACCAACCAUGUUGUGGACAUAGGAAAGAGAUUGUGCACAUGCCAAUUUUGGAUGCUAACGGGUAUCCCGUGUGUGCACACUUGUGCUGCCCUGUCUUGUGUGAAUAAACAGCCAAAAGACUUCUGUCACAGAUGGCUGACCAUGGACUCAUACAAGGAAACUUAUAACCACCACAUUAAUCCAAUUCCGGGUCAACCACUGUGGGAAAAAGCAGAUGAUUGUAACAGGCCACAUGCCCCUAAAAUCAAGACAAAACCUGGAAAACUAAAGAUGAAGAGGAGGAUGGAUGCGGACGAGAAGAGUGCUUUUGGAACUAAGAAGCCUAAAGUUGACCCAAAACUCUCAGGCAACACUGCAGAUGGUGUACACCUAAAGAGACAGCUGGGUGCCUUUACAUGCAGUUACUGUGGUGAUAAGGGGCAUACAAAGAGAGGCUGCAAAAAGAAAAGAGAUGCUGAUGCUGCUACUGCUGCUGCUGCAGCAGCAGCCGCUGCCGCUGCCGCUGAGGCAGCUGAGAAGAAGAAAAAUGAUGAAGUUCAUACUGUGCCUGAAAAGCCUGUUCAGCAGCCCCAAGACGUUUCUAGCCAAGCAGAUUUGGGAAGCAAUCCCCAGGAGAUCGAAUUAACUCAGCCUUCUGCUUCUGAGCAAGAGGAUUCUGAAAAGGAUCCUGCACCGAAAAGACCUUCCAAGCUGUCACCACGAAGACGAUCCUCUAAUCAGCCAACCGCACGAACAGUGAAUCCCUUGCAGGGUGCAUCUUCAGCAACAUCUUCAAAGUUUGCCAACUUGAUGCAGUUCAUCCCAACGCCAGGAUUUAGGCCCCCAAGAAAGAAGAAUUGAAUACUUUAGAUAUAUGUACUUAGGAGUUUCUGUUUUGUGUUUUGUGUUUUGUUAUUAGUCUUUUCCAUCGUAUAAUGACUAGAUGGUGAACUGUGAUGCAAAGGCCUUUUUGGUAUGCCUUGGCCUUGCUUUUGAUGAAACUACAGAUAGCAGCAACAUGGUUUCUAGGCUGCCUUUUACAGUCAACUUUUGUUGUUUCUUGAUAGACAAUGGAAUUUAUGUUAAUAUACUAUGCUAUGUGGUUUACCAUUCAAGAAGCAGUUUCUUUAUUUUUUUCAUACACAAUGGAAUUUAAAUUAACAACAA